AUGAGUUUCGUCCCCGUCAACCCGCGGCCCUUCCUCCAGGACCUGGUCAACAAGGACGUGGUGGUGCGUCUCAAGUGGGGCGAGACCGAGUACAAGGGGAGACUGGUGAGCAUCGACAGCUACAUGAACAUCCAGCUGAGCAACACGGAGGAGUUCAUCGACCGCAAGUUCACGGGGGCGCUGGGGCAGGUACUGAUACGCUGCAACAACGUGCUGUACGUGACGGCGGCCACGGACAAGGAAGGGGAUCGGGAUACCAAGAUGGAGGGUUGA